AUGAUCGGUAAAGGUGAGCAUAACUUCAGAUUUUUGAUGAAGGAGCAUAGAAAAACGGAAAAGGCUUGCAGGGAAGUGGUUACGAUCGUGGACAUUCUAGCCGCAGCUGGAAAUCACCGGAAAACGCAGAAAUCUGUCGAUCAGACGUUCUUAUUGACAAAUAUGAGUCCCCAAGUAGGAAAAGGUUUCAAUAGGGAUAAAUGGAAUGAUUUGGAGCGCUAUGCUAGAAAGAUCGCCAAGAAGAGCUUGAAUACUUACAUAUUGACUGGACCUCUCUAUCUUCCACAUAAAGCGGAAGAUGGAAAUAACUAUGUGAAAGAAGAUAAUAGUUGCU